UAUUUUCCGAUUUGCAGACUCGGGUUGCAAACUAGCAAUCGCGGAAAGCAAAGCAUUGCGCUUAUUCGAGCGCCUCUGCAUCGCGAACCAACGAAUCAUCCAAACCGAGUCAAAUCCCAGAUUGGAAGCUUCUACAUUCGUUCACUGCAAUAAGAAGGAGCAUAUUUUGGUAUAAUUCUAUACCCAAUUUGAAGCACUGUCUUGAAAGAUUUUGAGAGUUUGAGGGAAGAAGUUGAUUGAAAUAUGCUUCAGAUUCGGCUUAGUAAGGCUCCUGCUUCAGAAGGGUCAGGAGGGGCGAAGCUUUCACCUGUUGAGACUGUUACAGUUGCAUGCCCUGACCAUCUGGUCCUUGCUGAUCUUCCUGUCGCAAAGGGCAUUGGGGCAGCUACUGCUGCUUCACUUGUUAAGACUUUGGGCCGUAGAUCCCGGCGCCAGCUUGGCGAGCGAGUCCAUUUCUGUGUUCGCUGUGAUUUCCCAAUUGCUAUUUAUGGACGGCUGAGCCCUUGUGAGCAUGCCUUCUGUCUCGAUUGUGCUAGAAGUGAUUCAAUGUGCUACCUGUGUGAUGAACGAAUCCAGAAGAUUCAGACGAUCAAAAUGAUGGAAGGAAUCCUCAUAUGUGCAGCUCCUCAUUGUCUCAAAUCUUUCUUGAAGAAGGCUGAUUUUGAAUCUCAUAUCCAAGACAGCCAUGCUAACCUUCUUCGUCCCAAUGCGGAUAAAGAUGAAGGAAAUGAGUCGGAGGCACAGAGUGUUAGGCAAUCCACAGCUUCAGAUUCCACAGCUCGAGGUCCCCAAAGGCCAGUUUUUUCUCCUGGUUCAAAUUCCCAACAACAUGAUCUGGAAGACAAAACUCGCCGACAGCCACCAAGGGAGCAACCACCUUCAAGACCAACACUGCAGCCCAAGCCACCAUUUUUUGGCCAACAACAUCACCCUUCAGAUACCUUGUCUGGCUCUGUUGGAGGUAUACAACAGGGCUUUCAUCAACAAAGUUUUGACAUGCAGCAUCCCCCACAAGAACCUUCCCAGUUUUCUGACAGGCAGCAAGCAGUUGGUCCAGAGACCCCAUUUCCUGAGUAUCCAACAAUGCACUCUGCACAACCUUCCAAUAUCCCCUCACAGGUUACUUCAAACCCAAUGCUGAACCCUCCUAUGCCAUUUGGUUAUCCCCCUUACCCACAUGAACGAGCUCAACCAUUUUAUGCUGCUCCCUAUGAUAUGCCUAGGCAGGACUCGGCUUCUGAUAUAGGUGGGGACCAGAGUUCAUUACUGGGUUUCCCACAAGGUGCCCCAAGUGGUCCAAAUUUUCCUGGAAAUUUUCCCCAGGCAUGGAAUGCAGGAAUUGCUGGUGUGCCUUUUGAACAAGCACAGGGUGGUAUGGUUGUGGAUCCAAGGGAUUCCAAAGGUAUAUUGGCACCACAGCCCAUGCCCCUCCCACCACCGCCACCACCUCCACCUCACAUGUCACAUUUGAAACAGAACUACUAUUCUGGUGAGCUUGGACAUGAUGCUCAGGGUUAUGGAUGGCAGCAUGAUAACCGUGAUAGCUUUGGUGGCCAAGGCUAGGAAGGCUUCCAAUCAAUAGUCUCCUGUAUUGGGUUACUUUUGAGGAUUUUUCUGCCAGCAUGUUUAUCUUCUUUAAAAUCACUAAACAGCAAUUGAACUCUUUUAUAUUUGGGCCUCUUUUAUGUUUGUAUAUUCUAAUCGUAUUGAGUUUUUCCUUUGUUGUUACCAAAGGUACUGAAAAGCUUUAGUAUGUCCUGUUUGGUACCAGAAUCACGACAAAAAUAAAAUAAUGGAAUUCAUCGGAAUGGAAUGACUUUUGAAGUCAA